CAAAAUGGUAUGGCUCAAAUGUUUCGGGCUUGGGAUGGUUGAGCAAACCCCUCAAGAAACUACAGCACGCAAUGGGCAGGGAGGUGAACGGCGUUUUGCGCUCCUUUCUUCGGUCAUGUUUUUAACUCGGACACAGAAGAACUGUGUUUGCAUGUUUGAGAAGCCCUGCGACUGACUGUUGAGCUCCAUCAUCUCUUAUACUGUGAUAAUGCGAUAUGGAUGAGCUGUCCGGGAACAGAUAAAAAAAAAAAAAAAAGUGUGAAGGAUAAAAAGAGCCAAAAAAAAGCAGUUAAGGACAGAGUGUAUAUCACAGACUUAGACAAGAGAUCAUGUCCACAUCACUAAAGCAGGAGAAAACUAUUUGCAUUCUCCUCCCCAACAAAGAGCAGCUGGACAUCACUGUUGGGCUGAAGUCCACUGGACAGGAUGUUCUUAAUCAUGUGGCAGAGCUUCUUGGAAUCAAAGAGCUUCACUUUUUUGGCUUGACAGUGGUGAAAGACAAUGAGCACAUAUUUUUAGACCUGGAGGAGAAACUCAAUAAGUACUUUCCUAAGGAAUGGAACCAAGAAUUAGGAAAGGGAUUACAGAAGAGGUCAUUGCCUUUAAUUCUCUGCCUUAAAGUGCAGUACUACGUGGAGAAUGGUAGACUCAUUUGUGAACGAAAGGCACGGCAUCUUUACUACUCUGACUUGCGUGAGCGAGUACUACGCUCUGAAUGUCGUCAGCAGGAGGAGGUGUACUUCCAGCUGGCAGGUUACGCCCUGCAGGCUGACCUUGGUGACCACCCGGUGCCAGAGCGGGGCAUGAAGGUUGCCCCUUAUUUUGAACCCAAGGAGUACUUUCCCCCGUGGAUUAUAGCUAAACGUGGGGUGAAAUAUCUCCUUUGUCAUGGGCCAAAGGUACACCAGGAGCUGUGGGGCAUGUCUACUCGUGAUGCAGUCCUCCACUUCAUUAAAGAGUCAUGUCAGUUGGAGGAUGUACCUGUCACAUUUUACAGAUUGCUAAAGGAUAAAAAGGAGGAGAGAGGAACAGCAUUGCUUGGUCUGACCCUGCGAGGAAUGCAAGUUUAUCAGGAGGUGAACAACAUACUUGAGCUAAUAUAUGACUUCCCCUGGUCAAAUGUGGGACGUCUUACCUUCCUGGGCAAGAAAUUCGAGAUCCAGCCAGAUGGCUUGCCAUCCGCCAGGAAGCUGGUUUACUACACUGGUUCAUCUUUCCGCUCUCGCCACCUCCUCUUGCACCUGAGCAACAGCCAUCAGAUCUACCUCAGCCUCCAACCUGCCCUUAAACACCUCCGACAGCUGGAGGAGAGCAAAGAGAAGCAGCAUUACAGAGAGUCCUACAUCAGUGAUGAUCUGGAUUUGGAUCCCCAAGGCAGUGAAGGCAGUCCUGGUCUCUCUCGACACUCCACCAGCAGCUCUGGAAUUGAGGCGGAUGCCCGCCAACACAGCAUCUACACAGAGAUGGUCUCCAUGGGGGACGAAGGUCAUCGGCAAGCUGAGAAAUGUUUCAGCUCAGCAGCCAGCCAUGGCAGCUCCUGUACCUCAGGAUUUGACACAGGCAGCAAAGCUCGAAUAGAAGAUGAAGGGUGGCAAGAGGAAGAGAUCAAGACCAGGACACGAAGUCCAGAUGAGGCUCUUGUGGAUGAUCCUGAUGAGAUGUUCCAGCUGAAUAGUCUUCUUGCAGGAGUUUCAGUGGAUUGUGCAGAACUUUCCUCAAAGACUCGCUCACCAGAAAACCAAGGUCCUCUACACAGUGAGAAAGAUCCUGAGAAAUUGUGUAACAAGGAUAUGUUAAAACAGGUACUGAAAUCUAGAGGACAAGUUUGCGUGGAUCGGCACAGUCACAGUCUAGAUGAUGUCCGUCUCGUCCCACCUCCAGCACCCCUGGGGGUGGCACUGCCACCCGAUUCCUCCCACAGCUACACCUUUGGACUCCCAGAUCCCUCAGCAAACACAAAGACCUCUGUUGAUCACAGUUAUUACCCCUUCUUGCACUGCCAAUCUAAUCCUUCCUUCUAUGGCCGCAGGUCCAACAACUGCCUCUCCCUGGAUAUGUUGGGUGAUGGACAGUUCAUGGAAUACAUAUUUUGAACAUGUCAGGUGCAGACGAGUAUACCUGUUCUCCAUUUUUCUGUACAGUGCAAAUUAGCUCACAGGUUGCCAGCACAAGAAUCUCAGUGUUUCCCUGUAAAGAUGUCAAAUUGCAGAGACAUUAUCUUCUUUUAAAAGCUGUGGAUUUUUAGCACCAUUUCAAGUAGUAAACAGAUCAUAUUUAUUAAUGUUGUAUAUUGUGUACAUAUUACCUGUACAAUUUUAUUACAUUUUAGCUUUUCUGAACAGAAAAAUACUUAAUCAAGAUUCUUUUGUACAUUUUACACUGUUGAAACAUUUCCUCAAGUGUCUGAAUCAAUUAAUAUUAGGGGCAUAAAGUUUGGUGAAAUUUUAAACCCAUACAAUUGCUUUCUGUAUUAGUCAUAAGACAUCACUUACAUUCCUCACUGUAUGUAAAUUUGCUUUAUUUACAGCUAUGUUUGAACUCUCGUUUUCUUUGUUCAAUUUUAUUAUUUUUAUAACUCACUCUUUUGUAUAGCGUGCACUGUCACGUCUUUCACAGCUUUGUAACUACUGAUGUGGAAAAUCGACCUUCUUUACAGCUGUCAGUGUAACCAGCCAAAGCUUUGCCUGAUCUCCGUUUGCCUUCUGCUGUGAUAAUUAGAACACAACUUUUUUUUUUUUUUUUGGUGAAAUAUUGCCAGCAAUAAGUGUAUAAUGAAUUUACAGUAUUUUUGUAUUAUGUAACCCCUGAACAAAAACCAUUUGUUUUUCCUUCUUUUGUGUGUGUGUUGUGUUCAGAUGAACUGUUGUCUUUAGCCUGUAUGAGGUCAUCAGGAAAGAUUGCCAGCCAUUAAACACAAAAACUUUGACUAAAUGCCAGUAAUAUGAACAAAUGUAAAGUCACAGUACUUAAUAUUUUUUAAGUUUUUUUUUUCUUUUUUAUAAUGUUGAAAAUAAAUUCUUUAUGC